ACGAUCAGUCGUGAUUCAAUUUCUGUAUAGAUUUCACACACAAAAUUAACAGGAAGAUGCUGCGCAAUCAACAUUAUCAAGAUGAUAUUAUGUAUAUUACACAAUUAACGCGUCAGGUUUUGAGUUUACUCGGAGUCUGGCCAUCUUUCAACAGAAAAAAAUCCAUCGGCGAAAGAAUUUGGAAAUUUCUGUUAAUCUCAGGCUCUUAUAUUCUUCUUUACUGCGUUCUGAUUCCCGGCCUCCUUUUCUGGUUAAUCGAGAAGAGAACGCGCGUCCGAGUUCAAACAAUACCUCUGAUUUUUUACGGUUUUAUGGCUACAGGUAAAUACAGCAUUUUGGUAUUAAGCGAGGGACGUAUUAGACGUUGCUUGAAGCACAUGGAGGAGGAUUGGAGGAUCCUUAUCAGCAUGGACGCAAGAGAUUCGAUGAUCGAAUCUGCAAAAAUUGGAAGACGCUUGGUUACACUUUGCGCAGUUUUCAUGUAUGGUAGCGGACUAUCCUUUCGAUCGAUUCUGCCGUUCGCCAAGGGAAAGAUCGUCACCGCGCAGAAUGUCACAAUCAAACCUCUGCCCUGCCCUGCUUAUUUGUUCUCUUUCAAUAUGCAAGUUAGUCCUAUUUACGAGACGGUUUUCGCGAUUCAAUUUUUGUCCGGCAUAGUUACUUAUUCGAUAACGAUCGGUGUAUGUGGUCUUGCGGCUGUCUUUGUGAUGCAUGCUUGUGGUCAACUAAAAAUUUUAGUGGAUCUGAUGAGAAAUCUCGUCGAAGAACAAUGGGAAGAGACUCAAGAGUUGGAUAAGAAACUUGGUGAAAUGGUCGAGCAUCAAAUAAGGAUACGAAAACUUAAAGUUGUGGGCACUAUGCUAUUCACAAUAGUCACGACUAUCAAAUACGGCUAUAUUUUGCUUUACAAGAAUCAAGUAAGAAAUUGUUUGAAGCUAGUUGAUAAGGAUUGGCGAAAUGUCGACAACUCGAGUGCUCGCAUCUCGAUGAUCGAUAGAGUAAAAAUUGGUAGACGUUUAGUCAUAAUAUGCGCCGUAUUCGUGUAUUUAAACGGCCUAGCUAUACGGAUUAUCGUGCCGCUGUCACAUGGGAAGAUCGUCACCCCUCAAAAUGUCACAAUUAAACCUCUGCAAUCCAUGGCGCAUUUUAUCAUCUUUGAUGUGCAGCGCAGUCCUGCUUACGAAAUCGUAUUUUUUUUACAAUCCUUUACGGGAGUUGUAAGGUACACAAUUACAGUGGCAACUUUCGGCUUCAUAACUCUCUGUGUGAUGCAUUUUUGCGCGCAGCUGGAUAUAUUAGUGACAUUAAUAAAUAACUUUGUAAAUGAGCGCCAAGAAAAAUAUUUAAACAAGAGAUUGGCUAUUAUCGUGGAACAUCAAAUCAAGACACGAAACGUGCUGAUUCCCGGUAUCCUCUUCUGGUUAAUCGAGAAGAGAACACGUAUCCGAAUUCAAACAUUUCCUAUGCUUCUCUACUGUUUCAUGGCCACAAGUAAAUAUGGUAAUUUAAUAUUUCGCGAGAAUCAAGUCAGGCGAUGCUUGAAACACAUUGAGGAAGAUUGGAAGAUUGUUGCUAGCACGGAAGCACGGGACACAAUGAUCGAAUCAGCGAGAACGGGAAGACGUUUGGUUGCACUUUGCGGAGCGUUCAUGUACGGCAGCGGACUCUCCUUCCGAUCGAUCUUGCCGUUUGCUAAGGGAAAGAUAGUUACCGCGCAGAAUAUUACGAUCAGACCCUUACCCUGUCCGGGUUACUUUUUUUCCUUCAAUUCACAACUCAGUCCUACUUACGAAAUGAUUUUUGCGAUGCAGUUCUUAUCAGGUUUAGUUACUUAUUCAAUCACAACGGGCGUAUGUGGCCUCGCAGCCGUCUUCGUCAUGCAUGCUUGCGGUCAGCUGAGAAUUUUGAUAAACUUGAUGAAACGUCUUGUCGAGGAAUGGCAAGAAAAACAAGAAGUGGAUAGAAGACUGGCUAAAGUAGUGGAGCAUCAAAUAAGAAUACGAAAGUAAUAAAAUAUUUUAAAUUUAUCGAAAAAAAUGCCGCGUAACGAGCGUCAUCAGGACGAUAUUUUAUACAUCACCCAACCAACUCGCAACAUUUUGUUUGCACUUGGCGCCUGGCCGUCCAUCGGUCGAGAAAGAUCCGUGCGUCCGCAAGCUUGCAACUUUCUGCUGAUUUGUAUCACCUACACUCUCCUUUCCUGCGAUCUUAUACCCGGUAUCCUUUAUUGGCUGAUGGAGGAAUCGACGCGCAUUCGACUCCAGACGAUUCCUCUCCUUCUCUACGACAUCAUGUCCGUCAGUCAAUACGGCAUCUUUAUAUUUCGUCAUGAUCAGCUAAGGCGAUGCUUAAAGCAUGUCGAGGAGGAUUGGGAGGACAUUAUCAGUACGGACACGCGUAAAAUUAUGUUGAAAUCCGCGAAGACGGGCAAGCGUCUGGCUACAAUUUGCGGAAUUUUUAUGUACACUGGUGCCUUUACCUUUCGAACUAUCCUGCCGUUAUCCCAAGGAAAAACCGUUACUAAUCAGAACAUUACAAUAAGACCCCUUGCCUGUCCGGGUUACUUCUUUUCUCUCAACGUGUACGUCAGUCCUGUUUAUGAGAUACUCUUUACAAUUCAGUGUUUAACAGGUAUUGUUAUGGUUUCGAUCGUGAUAAGUGCAUGCGGCCUUACAGCGAUUUUCGUGGUGCAUGCUUGCGGCCAGCUGAAGAUCUUGAUCGGUUUGAUGAGAAGUCUCGUGCAGGAACCGUGGAGAGAGGAGCGUGAAGUGGAUAAGAAGUUAGGUGAAAUAGUCAAGCAUCAAAUAAGAGUGCGCAGUUUUUUAAAAUUGGUACAGCAUACUCUGCAGGAAAUAUAUUUGAUAGAAAUUAUGGUGAAUACGAUAGCCAUCUGCCUUUUGUUAUAUUUUAUGAUAGUGGAUUGGCAAAGUAAGAAUAUAGCAGUUUUAUGCACUUAUUUAUUAAGCAUUACGAACGUGGCAAUUCAUAUGUUUAUAUUUUGUUAUACUGGUGAACACCUUACCGAUCAGGCGGAAAAGGUUGCCAUUGCAUCCUGCGAACUCGAGUGGUAUCGUCUUCCGAACAGAAAAGCACGCUGCGUUAUAUUACUGAUGAUUAUGUCUAAUACGCCAACCAAGAUUUCCGCUGGAAAAUUUGUCGAUUUGUCACUCAAGACAUUUGGUGAUGUCAUGAAAACAUCUGGAGCAUAUUUUAAUAUGCUCCGAAGUAUAAUCGAAUAAAUGUUUAAGUUCUAAUAAUCGAGAUUAUGAAAACUAAAUAUAGUUGAUAUAUUGAUUAUAUAUUGAAUCACUAGUAU